AUGAGCAAUCCAUCCAUCUCGUUGGCGUCAUUCAACACUCCGAAGGCUAGGUUAGAUGGGGAUAAUCCUCUUGCUGGAUGCUCGGGCUCACCCCACGGAGAAGAUAACCCCUGGUACAAAACUACUCAGAAAAGAACGGAAUGCGGGUGUCAAGGUUGUCCGAUCUUAGAGACUUCGAAGUUCAUCCUGGGUCGAGAUGUGUGGAGCGGUCCAGCAGCAGGAAUGCCAUUAACGGGUGCUCAACAGAUUCCGGCAAUCCCUUCGGUCGAUAUUCCGAGGAAGUGGUCUGCAAGCCCACGAGCGAAAAGGCAAUCCAAGCAAGACAAAUCAGGGGGGUGGGAGGUGGCGAAACAAGACUUGACGGAGUAG